AUUUUGUGUGGAACUUCAAAUUCAGUCUACUCUUGGAUAUUAUGUGAAGCGUUUCAGGCAUACGCGUGUCAUCGGUUUUUUUGCCUUUCACAUGACAAGUUUUCGAAUAAUUUCCGGACGGGUUUUACGAUUUAUUGCUGGUGCGCCAUUUUAGAUACAAACAGAGAAAAUAUUUCGAUAAAACAAGAAUUCUACAGCAUAGUUUUUGAGAAAAAAAGCAGCAGAAAAGAAGAAAAAAAACGAAAAAAUUGCUAGAAAAUAAAACAACGGUCAAAUUGAAAUGCUUUGGGUCUAUGUUGGCUCUUUGUAAAGUGAUUUUCGUUCGAUUCGUUGGUGGAGAACCCCUCCAACUGAAUAGUGGGGCCACCAUACAGGGUUCUGUGAAGUGGAGAAAAGGCCAAAAGUGAAUGAAUUUUCGUGUGUGAAGACAACGACGAUGAUGAUAAUGAUGAAGAUAGGUUCUUGAUGAUGAUACAUUGAAGGAAUUUUAAAAUCGGGCCCCAAAGUUGCUAUCAAACCACAAAGAAUAGACAACAACAGCCUAGUGUGUGCAUACAAGUUACUUGCUUAGCUAAGAUAUUCUCAGUCAUGACUCCGAAUUCUUUACAAACCCGAUUCCCAAACUGUCCGUCCAAGAAACGGUUUUGAAGAUUUUUCUUCUUGUUGUUGCCCCUGUGUGUGUGUUUGCUGCAUUUAAAUCCAGUUUUGAUUGUUGUUAAUGAAUAAAUUUGUGGCUAAAGUGCAGCAGUUUGUCUAUGUCACCCAACUAACCAACAAGCCAACCAACCAUUGGACUGGACUGCCUGCCUGGCCAUUCGGGGACAGUGUAAAAACACUUUGUUGGUGGUCGUCGGUCAUUCGGUCGAUUGGAAAAUUAUUCAUUGUUUUGUUUGAUUGUCAUUCAUUUGUUGUUGGUAACCCCAUGGAUCUCUCUAACAACCAAACAACCAACCAACCCAUUUAUAAUCAGAAAAUAAUCAAAGUUCAUAAAUUUCCCCAAAAAUAAAGAAAAUUUCCAAAAAAAAAAAAGAAACAAAACAAAAACAAAAGAAUUACAAGCGAAUAAUCGUUACAUUGUUGGAAUAUUAAGUGGAGAAAAUUUAAAACAGCCGAUAAAAAAUGUGGAUAAUAAAUAAAAAUAUUAUUAAUAAUUGUGCGAUAAAAAUCUUCAGAUCGAAAACUAAACGAAACUUAAACUAACGGGAUUUUUUCUUGGAUAAAUUGAAACCAAAACAAAAAACGAAAAUAAAUAACUACAAACUGUAAAUUAUUUGAAAAAUUUACAAAUUAAAAUUAAUUACCAUACAAAAUAUUUAUCUAUACAUAAAAAUAAAAAAAAUAAUAAUAAUAUUCAAAAAAAUAUAUAUAUUAGUGCAACUAAAUAUUUUAUUGGCCACAACAAAAAAAUAUAUAUGUAAUCUAAAAAAAAGUGCAAUUUUUAUAAUUCAACUCAAUAUAUGCUUAUAUGGAAAAUAUAUAAUAUACAUAAAAUAAAAAAAUACCCAUCAACUUCACAAAAAAUAUAUAAAUUUAAAGUGAAUUAAAUUUAAAAAAUAAAUAAAUAAAUGGAACAAAAGUAUUAAAAAUAUAAAAUAUUAUAUUAAAAAAUAUAUAUGAAAUAUUUAACAAUACAAGUGUAUACAUAUAUAUUGAAAUUGUCAAAGCAUCUCAAAUUUUGAAAACCUCUUAAAAACGGAUUAUUGCACAAGAAUUUUGCGAAACCCCAUCACAUCAAGAGUAUCGAUUGAACAUUGCAACAACAGCAACAACAAAAGCAUUUUCAACAUCAAGAACUGGAAAAAAGAUUAUAAAUUUCCCUUGAAUUUUUGCAGAAAAAUUUCUCACAGAGAGAAAAAAAAUACAAAAAUUUUACAUAACAAGUGGAUGGAUAUAAUAUUGGAACGUUGACAGGAAAUCCCACACUUGACAUUCAAUACCCAAUACCAAAAUAAUGUCAAGUGGUUGUUGAUUAUAAGUCUUUGUUUGGAAAGCAACAACACACCACACAACCGAAAACCGAAAAAUAUUUUAUCCUUUUUUUGUUCGAAUAACGAAAACCCUGUUGCUGUACCACACAGCAACUCCUUCAAACUGGCUAACAUGGCAAUGCAUCACAACGCCAUGUUAACGAGCGGAGCGCCAAAAUUUCAAUCGCGACCCUCAUCGCCACCCUUCAGCGGAUUUACACCGCCCACUGAUUAUCCCCACAGCCAGGAUCAGGUAGCUCCAGUACAUUUACAUCAUCAACAGCAGCAGCAACAACAACACCACCACCAGCAACAACAGCAAGCGAUGCAACAGCAGGCCAUGCAUCAACAGCAUCAAUUGCAACAACAAAUGGCUGCCAAUCAUUUUCACUCAAUGGCUGGUCGGCAUUCUGGUCGAAAUAUGAACGCCACAGCGAGCAUGAAAAAACGUUCGGCAUCCUCAUCCCGCGGUCAACAUAUGGUCAAUUCUAAUACCAUGACAAGUGGUAUGAUAUCAGCGGUGGGUGCGGGCAGUCUGGGCCAUCAUCGCGGUGAUUUGAUAUUUCCCGAUGAAUCGGACACCAUUGAAUUUUGUAUGCCACCGCAGCCGGGCUCAUCGAAUGGCAUUGGUCAUGGCAUUAGUAGUGAACUGCUGUUGACACACGGGAAGAAUGGCCUGUGUACUGGCGAGGCGUUUGCGGAACGCCGAAGGAGGGGUCACAGCCGGCGCAGCAAUCACAAAAUGGAUGUUGAACAUCAGGUCAAAUGGUCUCGCAACAAUAUAGCCGCCACAAUGGAACGUUUCGAACCAACACAACAUCAUUCGUCCUCCUCCACAUCGUCGUUGGAAUAUGGUUUUGCCGCCAGUGUUGUAACACCAUCAUCAACGCCAUCUCACCACUCGCAACAUCAAAUUUCACCCGCUCCCUCACAAACAUUUCAAGGUGCCACUGCCGCUACGUCUCAGACGGCACCCUAUAAUCAUGUCUAUUCGUACGCUUAUUACGAACCCGGUGCUAUUAAGUGUCAUACGAAUAUACCACAAAAGGAGGAACCGAUUGCCGGUGCUGCUGCCAUUAUGCCAGCUCCGCUGGCACAGGCAGCUGGUGGAGCAGCAGCGGCGGCGUCUGGUGUCAGUGCUACAGGCAUUGGCGCUGCUGCUGCUGUUGGACCCUCAAAAAGCCCUACCCGCAAUUCAAUACGUGCCCUUUUGGCGCGAAGUUUUCGUUCGAAACCCAAAAAUCCUCCCUCAACUUCAUCGUCGCCCAGUGGAGCCGAAGAACGUCACAACUACACAACACGCUAUGGCACAACGGAAAAUCUCUACGAAGAAGUCAAUGAUCAGAAAAUACGCAAAGUCCUUUCCGAUAAUCGCAUUGUCAAGUCGAAUGUCAUUGAAGAGAUACGUCGGGUACAGCACAAUCAUUUUCGGGUUUUGGAUGAGCUAAAUCUAUCGUUGGAGGCAUUGAUAAUGCCCGAAACACCACCCGAUGUCAGUCCAAAUGUUGAAGUACCCGAAGCUAGUGCGGUCAGUGCGAAUACUGCCGCCGUUUUGGCAACACCCACAGCAACAGCCCAAAAGCCGCGCCGGGGUGGCCUACUGGGUGGUGCCGCAUCCACCUCAUCGUCCACAGUGUCUUCUUCGCAGCCGCGUACCUUGUCACACGCCAGCCUAGAAAAUCUUUCCUCGACUUUUAACUCAAUCGAACUGAAAGAUCAUGCCCAUCUGUCGUGUAUAAAUCCCGAAUUCGACGAAGGCGAUCUGGACAGCGGCUUCAGUGGCAGUGGCAGCAGUAGCGGUGCCAGUUACAAUGAAAGUCUGCGUUACUACAAGUCCGGCCAUACACCCAAUCACCAUCCCCAUCACACCAUGCAUCACCAUCAGGUGCAGCUGCACCAUCAGCAUCAGACGCAAAUGCAACAACAACAGCAGCAGCAGGCCCAACAGCAACAUCCCACCACUUUACCCCACAACAUGCGUAGCUGUCGAUCGUCAACGGCAUCCGGUUCGUCGACUUCCAAAAGUAGCACUUCCGAAGAUCAGGGCAUUGCAAUGAUGACCUCAUUGGGUAGCUGUGGAACAGCUGUCACCUCGCCAGCAUCGCCCUUCCACUAUAAUCGCUGCUGUGCCGACAUUCAGAGGGCAUCGGGCCGUUCCGCUUCUGAUUCCUCAGCGACGGGUGCUAAACCAAAAAAGAACUUUUGGAAAAUAAAACCGUGAUGCUAUAAAAGGGCUUUACGUAGACUCUGUAAACGUUGGAGUAUAGUG